AAGUAUGCACCUUUUCUUCAUAAACUCCUUCAUAAACACACACUUUAAUGCCAUAGCUGUAUAAAUCAGCUUCUACUUCCUCUUCCGGAGUGAAUAUAUUUGUUGAACUCUGCAAGUGGAUCGUGUGUGGUUAUCAUGGGCAUAAACUCCAUUUCGCUACUGUCACACGCAACAGUGUAGUUCUAACAGUAUCGACAUUUGCAUGGGUACAGUGGAAAGACCUGUUUUUCUUCAGAGGUGACGCAAAUGCUGUGCGCCGUCCAGGGUAACUCCCGAGAAUAUUUGGCCAGGUAUUUGUCAUCUACAUGGGAAUGGGGGACAUGAAGACACCAGAUUUCGAUGACCUAUUGGCAGCAUUUGACAUUCCAGACAUUGAUGCAAAAGAAGCCAUUCAGUCUGACACUGAUGGUAGUCAUAAUGAACACAGUGGUGUUGUUGGAAAGGAGAGAAGUGGAAGUCCAUGCCUAAGACCCCCAGACAGCCACGAGGGUCCUAACAAUGACCCCUCCAUGGUCAGUGUGAUAGUAAAAAACAGUGUACAUUCUGAUGACAAAACUGAAGAGGAUAUAACUGGAGACUUUCUUGGUGUAGAUGCAUCACACGAGUCUCCCCAGAAACGUCCCAGAGAAGAUGACCUGAUGCCUUCAGAUUCAUUCAUCUAUAAUGGACUCAAAACAAUCUCAGAUGGGGCUCCAGAACCCUCUCAAUCACCAUCUCUAACCCAGAUGCAGACCAAUGGGCCACUUUGGUCUCUCUCUUCCUCUAGAGUAACUAAUGAUGACAACCAGGAUGGCACUUCUCCUAAACACCCUGCUAGCACUUUCUCACCACCUCAGUCUUUACCCCUGACUGAUCCCCCCUUCUUAUCUUCACAUUCAAUUAGUUCAAAUUCCUCCCCCAGAGUUGAUUGUGAGGCAGCACAACCAUUAAAUGGCACUUUGAGGGCAGGAGUACGCCGCCAUUUAUCUGAAGAUGAAGAAUCUGAACCAGACCUCGGUAGCCCUGCCCUUGUCAUACAGGAGAGCCCGAAUUCCCAGCUGUGCUCUGCUCCCAAGGUACCACGAAUGCAGCGGUCCCCUUUAAGUGCGUUUCAGCUGCCCUCUCCCUCGUCCCCUUCCUUACCAGUAAGUAACACUCAAAUUGAGGAGCCCUCUGUCCAGCCACCAAAACUUCUACAAAGCAGUGUCGACCCAAUGUCAAUGACCUCCAAAAAUGAUUUGCCAGCUGAAGAAAAAGACCUUGAGCACAUAAUCGAGGAGCGAGAUUCUCCUGAGAGCCCUGAGCCAGAUAUCGCUCAACCUUAUAUAUCUCUGCCCUCAAAUCAGCUCGGAGUCAAUGAGCCAGAAAAGAAGGAGAGAAGAGAAGAAGCCCCUCAAGAUCAAGUUAUUGACAUGAGCGUAAGUGUGCAGGAGAAGAGCGGUCUUCACACACAAAAAGAUGAUGAUGGAGCUGAGGAGACAGAAGAGAAAUCUACGGAGCCUCGUUUGGUAGAUUCAGCCUCUGAAGGUGUCACCAAGUCAAGCAAGGCCUCCGUCAAGCCUCUCAAAGUGAAAAUCAAGACUGUGAAAACCUCUGCCGGUAACAUCACACGUACGGUAUCUAAAGUGGCUCCCAAAGGUCCUGGUGGCUCCAAAGUUCCAGCAGGGGCCUGUAAGUCAGUCCACAGGGUUCAGAGAUCUGGCACUGCUCCUCAAGGACCACCUCAGGUGACAAUGUUGCCUGUGUCCACCCUUCAGGAUGCCAGCACAGCUAUGUUAUUUGCAGCCAGCAGGGCACAGAAUCAACUGGCCACCACUCUCUCUGCCACUGCAGUCAACAUUACUAGAACGUCUACCCUGCCAUCCAUCUCUCCAUCCAUGCCUGGGGUUAACAUUCGCUCUCUGGCGACGAAAACGAUGAAUGGGAACCCUGGGACAGCCAAACCAGCCUCCAUUGUGAACAGCCCAGGAGCUGUUAUCUCACGCAGCCAGUCUAGCCUCGUUGAGGCCUUCAACAAAAUCCUUAACAGUAAGAAUCCACUGCCUAGUUAUCAGCCGGACCUCUCCACCAUGCCUCCCCCUGAAUGGGGUCUUCGAUUGCCAUCAACGGGAUACCGUUGCCUUGAGUGCGGGGAUGCUUUUGCCCUGGACCGCAGCUUGGCGAGGCACUAUGAUCGGCGCUCUAUGAGGAUUGAGGUGACCUGCAACCACUGCUCCAAACGCCUGGCCUUCUUUAAUAAGUGCAGCCUGCUGCUCCAUGCACGAGAGCACAAGGAGAAGGGACUGGUUAUGCAGUGUUCACACCUCGUCAUGAGUCCUGUCAGUGUGGAGCAGAUGAUUGGCCAGCAGGAGACCGUGCCUAUAGGUAUACUCUCUCCUGCUCUGCCUACCCUUAAACAGAGUGGUGGCCAACUGUCACAACCUUCUGAUAACAGCUGUCCAGAGUGUUGGAGUUCAUUCAAAGGCAAGGCAGAAAUUGCAGCACACUUUCAAGAGGUGGAUCCUGGGGUCACUGACAUGUGUUGUAUGCAGUGUUCUCCUCCAAUGCCACUGUGGAACUCGUGCAGUGCUGCAACUCACCGCCGGUUACAUCAGCAGCUCCCUCCACUGGUUUGCCCUGAAUGUGGUGUCAUCUGUCAGCUACAUGAACUCAACACCCACCUGAAUCAAACCUGCCUGCACUACUCACGUCGCCUGGGAUAUAGAUGUGCCUGUUGUCAUUUGGUGUUUGGAGGAGUGAACAGUCUGAACGCUGUAAAGACUCACAUGCAGUCGGCUCACUGUGAGGUCUUCUAUAAAUGCCCCUCCUGCCCCAUGGCUUUCAAGUCUUCCUCUGGUGCUGAAACCCACUGUACCUCCCAGCAUCCUGAACUCCCUGAGACGGCAAGACAGUCCAAGGAGAUCUAUAAAUGCGUGUUGUGUCGGACUGUUUUUACCCAGAAGGCAUUGCUCAGUGUCCAUUUUGACACUCACUUAGCUAAGCAGAAGAUGCACGUCUUUAAAUGCCCUGACUGUAACAAGCUCUUCACGCAGAGAAGUUCUCUCCUUGAGCAUGUUAAGGAUUCUCAUAAGGACAUUUAUGACACAUCGGCACUGAACAACUUGGUAAAGAUGGAUAGCUCAGAUGGGGAGGAGGGGGGGCGGGAUGAAGAGAGAGGAAGAGUGUCAAGAGAAGAUGGGAACGCCGCUCCACAUAUCCAGAGCUGGAGCUGCUCACAGUGCCAGAAGCGUUACAAAGAGAAAGAGAGCUACAUCACCCAUAUGUCUGAGCAGCAUGGCAAGGAGCUGAAGAAGUUUCCAUGCACUCUUUGUGAAGGCUCCUUCUCGUCAUCUUCGAGUUUAAGACGCCACAUUCGUGUCAAACACAAAGGAAUCAAAAGAGCUUUUUAUUGCCAACUUUGUACAGGUGGGAAGAGGAGUUUCAGCAGUAAGCUAAUUCUUGAGAAACAUAUUGAGGCUCAGCAUGGUGGAGACAGAAGAGCAGCCAAACAAAGUCAGGCAGUUCCUCAAAUCACAGAUGCAGCUGACAGCUCUUCGGAGCACGAUGGUGGUACUUUGGGUGGGGCCUCAGUUGAGGCAGAAAGCCAAUUGGCUGAGAGCAGCCUGACAAGACAGAGCAAAAGAGCUAAAGAGGAGCAGGAAGCCACGGGAUUUCGCUGCAUGCCGUGUGGUUUUACCUCAGAGGAGAGGGAGGAAUUUCUCCAGCAUAUUGUCUGUCACCGUGACGGGACGAGCACCUGUCAGUGUCAGCAGUGCGGGGCGUGUUUCGCUUCCGCCUCCUCCCUCAGCAGGCAUCUCUUCAUCAGCCAUCGCGUGCGGGAUUCCCCCUCCGAUCACACCGAGGCGUCUCCGGUCACUGGUUUAACUUCUGGACAUGUGACCUCUGACUCUGCAGUUGCAGCAGGGUCCCCGGGGUCACCAUCGAGUGUAGGGGGGACACAGGUAGAGGAUGGGGAAGGUAAGCACACCUGUAAGGUGUGUCGACGUAACUUUAACAAACCCGCUGAUCUUAAUACACAUUUCAGAACUCACGGCAUGGCCUUCAUCACCGCAUACAAAACCGACAAACCAGCGUAGAGAGACAGGAAAAAAUUAACACGAGGAUAAAAAUCAUGAAACCUGGCAAGAACAUGUCCGUGUCAUUUGCCACUCCAAAAUAAAAAAAAACGUAAAAUAAGAAAUUAUAUUCUACUUGAAGAAAAAGAAGCCCAAUUUUAGGACUAUUUUUAAUUUUUGAGAUUUUUUUUACAUCAUUUUUUUUUUUUUUUUUACUUUUUUGAUUUAAGUAUAUAUAUUUACUUUUUUAUUUUUAAUUAAGUAAAAUUAAAAUAUAUAUAUAUAAUUUUUUUAUUUAUUUAUAUAAUAUAAUUUAUAGCCCUUUAUUUAUGCUCAUUUAAAUAAAAAAAUACAGCAUCACAGUAACAAAUAACACACAAUAACAAAUUAUUGAUAAUUGAAAUCUCAGAAGUAAAAUGUCCAAAUGUACGCUUUGACAAAAAAAGAGAAGUACUAAAUUGUUAUAAAAACUUAUAUUUAAUUCAAGUAGAUUUACAAUUCUUUAUGAAACAAAUAAUUUCUCAUGUAUGUAUUUUUUCUUCGAUUUUGAUCUGGGUGAAAUGUGAGCAGUGUGUUUUUGUGAGAAUCAGCAGAAAGUGAGUGGUAUGUAUUAGUGGGCAAUAUAAUAGAGCGUCCACUCUGCAGAUUAUUAACAUUUAGGUUUGUCGCAUUCUUUGAACAAACUAGAAAAAUAAACUGCGUUGGGGGCAAAUCAUGUUUGUAAUAACAUUUAGUUACUCUUUGUCAAAUCAAAGUCGAGGGGAGCAUGUUGUCGAACAAGUAAUGCUGUAGAGGAGUGCUUUAGGUUCGAUCAACCUAUAAAGUGAUCAUAACAAGCUCUUAAUUGAUCUGAGAGGUUUGGGGAAAGGGGAAAGACACUGAGCGUCAUGUCUUUGAGUUCUCAACAUAUUCAGAGGGUCAUGUUUACCAAUCCUGCUAUAUUUCUGUGCCUACUGAUUCCAUUGUGCAAACAAAAAAAAACCCGGUCCGUUUCUCUAAUGCAAAAUGCAGCUUACUUUAAAUAAAAUACUGUAAUUAAUAACGGUUUAGCAUAGCCAAAUGGUCCAGAAUCAGGUGACUCCUUUGUGCUUGAAUCAUUAUUUUUAUGUUUAAUGUCUGUAUUUCUUCUAUUUGUGUUUCCAUAGAUUCAAAUCAGGAAACUUGCUGAAUAGUUGCUGAUCUUUAGAAUGAGAACGAAAUAAGUGCCUUCUUCAUUUAGUCUUAAGAUUCUUUAAGACCAGAUUAUACUUAAAGGCCUCAGAUGAUUGUUUCCUCACUGGGAGGAAUUUGUUGUGUGUGUGUGUGAUGGAGUUAAAAAUGUAUAUUUUUUAUGUUUGUGCUGGACUUAUGUUUUAUUGGUGCCUUACACAUUGUCUUCUGGUUUUCUUUGUAAAGAUAAUUAAUAGAGCUUUGUUGUAAUGUAACCUCUUGCAUUAUACCUUUUUGGUUGUUUCAUAUAGAUUUUGUUGAGAUAAAUAAAAAAACCAAUAAUGGCUAAAUCAUU